AUGAAUGUGCCAAUGCAGCCCAACUACGCCCGUGGUAUCCCCCAGCGGUCUCCUGCCACGCCCCGUCGCGGUCCUCCCGGCCCAGCCAUGAUGCCCAUGCCCAUGCCCCAGCAGCCAGUCAAUCCUCAAUACAUGCCUGCGCAGCGCAGCAUGCCGCACCCCAACGAUGCCGUCCUUCGUCGCAGCCGCAAACCCACCGAUAAGAAUAUUCCAGAUGGCGUUGAAGACGUCGUGAUCGGCGAGGGAGUGCAGCAAUACAAAAGCCUACGCGAUCUGGAGAAGCGCUUGGAUGCCUCCAUCGUUCGCAAGAGACUGGAUAUCCAGGAUUCGAUCAGCAAAACAGUCAAGAAGUACCGGACGAUGCGCAUUUGGAUAUCCAACACUGUCGAGAACCAGCCAUGGCAGGAUGCUGCAGAUGAGCCCGGGAGUACACCUGGCUCAGGACGGUACAAAGUGAAGAUUGAAGGACGAUUGCUGGACGAUGACAACAACGAGUCUAGUCCUUCCGAUGACUCUGACGAGGAUGAAAUUAAGGAAGAGAAGGGCGUCGAAAUGGAACAAGAUGGAGAGAAGCCUGGGGAUAAAAAGGAAUCCAGUCGACCCAAGCAGCGGUUUUCGCAAUUCUUCAAGACCAUCACCAUUGAUUUCGACAAGUCAUCGUCGGUUACCCCGGAGGAGAUAAGAACUAUUGCUUGGAACAAGCCCCAAUUACCGCCGAAUUCCACGGCCUCGUUGCCCCCCAAUGUGGACUUUGACUGUCUGCAAUUCUCCCGUGCCUCGCAGGAUAAUCUGAAUGUCACCGUCAGUCUCGUCCGUGACGAAACACCUGAGCGGUACAAGCUGAGCAAGGAGCUUGCGGACGUCCUGGAUACUGAGGAGGAAACAAGAAGCGGGAUUGUCUUGGGUAUCUGGGACUACAUCCGUGCUAUGGGACUACAGGAGGACGAAGAAAAGCGUCAAGUGCGCUGUGAUGACCGGUUGCGGGCUAUCUUCGGCCGCGACGUCAUGUUCUUCCCCCAAAUCCCCGAAAGCAUCGGCCCGCACACUUCCCCCAUGGACCCCAUCAAACUUCCCUACACCAUCCGCGUCGACGAAGAAUACCACAGAGACCCCACCCCCACAAUCUACGACAUCCAAGUCGCAGUCGAAGACCCCCUUCGCACCAAAAUGCUCACCCUAACUCAAAACUCGCAAUACACCGCCGGCAUGCACAAGAUCGCCUCCCUGGACGACCAAGUCGCCCUCAUCGUGCAGGCGCUUACGCACUCGCGCGCAAAGCACUCCUUCUACACCGCUCUCUCCAAGGAUCCUGCCAACUUUGUCAAGCGCUGGAUUAACUCCCAGCGUAGGGAUAUGGAGACUAUCCUGGGUGAGGCGACGCGGGGUGGAGGUGAAGAUGGUAGUGGGCCGGAGUUCAGACGUGGUGGUGCUGGGGGUGCUUGGGAUACGCCUGUGGCGAGGGAAGCGGUGAGAUAUAUGUUGGCUAAGCCGGAGGCUAUGGGGCUUAGGUAA